GAGAUCAAAAUCGAGGAGCUCACGGAUCAGCUCAACGCCUUGAGGGAGGCAAACAGGAUUGCGGAGGGCAGGGUAGAGGACCUAAGGCGCGCGCUGAGGUCAGAGGAGACGAGGCACAGGAGGGAGAAGGAUGAGCUCAUGCAGAAGCUGCAGAGCCUGGGCAACGAUGACGAUGACAGGAACGGUGAGACGAGCGAGCUGAGGGAGAGGCUGAGGAGCACGGAGCAGGAGAAGAACGUACUCGUGAACGAUUUCGAGUGGAAGGAGCUCCAGUGGAAGACCCAGAUCGAGAACGCAAAGCUUGAACUGGAGGAAACGAAGAGGAGGUCUGUCAACAAGGCCAAAGAACACGAGUCGCAAAUCGCGGCGCUGGAGGCGACCGCGAAGGAGGCGCUUGAGGGCAGACCUGUGCCCCAGGAGCCGCUGGACGUCCGACCUGUGCCCCAGGACUCCCCGCGGGCAGAGGGCCAGCCAGCCCUCGCAUUGGGGUGGCUGCUCCGCUGCCCGGUGCGCAGCGCCGGGUCGUCCUCUCGGAUCGAGAAGCCCGCCUUCUGUCAGGAGUCCUGCUGGCAGGUGGUCAGUCAGAUCUCUGGCAUGGUGGCGCUCUGGUGCUCCAUCGGCGAGCACGUUAUCCAGCACGCCUCCCGAGAG